CAGGGUUUCGAUGAACUGCAACGAAGUAGACCAGCGGAUGUGCAUUGUUCGUCGAACAGUAUUGUGCGGCAUUUUUGCAACUAACUUGAAGUUGGCCAGCGCCACCGAAAAAAGAACCCAGGUCAGGAAACACAAGGAAAUACUUGCACGGACUCUGUGGUCGUGAGCUGCUGUUCUGUCAAGUGUGGACUCCGUGUUGGCGUUGCUUUCAGCGUGGGUGCAGCGUCCGGCGGUGUGUUGGACGGUGCAGAGCACAACAUUCGCUCCAACGAUGAGAGCGGUGGUUCGUAGCUGACGGAGGUGAACUGAGAAAGCAGUCACUGCAGCUCUGGCACAGUGCAUGCAUUGACCGGCGGAAUGGAGCGUUAUCUACGGAUGCAGUUGCUGCUUUUGCUACUCGCUGUUAUCGGCGAGCUGGCACUGGUCGCCCAGAGUCGACGUGCUGUGGCCGAAUUUUCCCUGAACGGUGUCCGAGGCUCGCUUGUCUUUGAGGACUCGAGUUCAGAAAACGGCACGAGUGGUUCGUCAGGCAGCUGGGUGCAGAUAGACAGCAGGCGAUUGCACGGAAUAGACCAUCUGGGUCCUCUGAGUUGGCAUGUGCAUAUGUACCCGUUCAAGUACACUAUAAAUCCGAGGCAGCGCUGCACCAGCACUGGAGGACAUUACGACCCGCACGGCAAGGCCACGGCAGUGCGCUACGCACAGCUGUGCAAGCCGAGCGCAGGCAACCCGUUCCGUGACUGCGAGGUCGGCGACCUGAGCGGCAAGUUUGGUCCGCUGCGGCGCACACUGUACCGCGACCGGACACCCAACAUGAGCGUGGCAGAGCUGAUCGGCAGGAGUGUUGUACUGCACGUGUUCAGCGGUGAGCGCUUCGCCUGCGCUAACAUCGUGGAGGUGAACCGCUUUGUGGUGGCUCCGUACGGCUGUCAACGGAGACACGUCGACAGAAUGCGUACCCUGGAAGCGACGUUCAGCACUCCUGUAGCCGGAUCGGUGUUCAUACGUCAGCUGAACUACAAGUCGAAUCGAGGCAUCAUGUCGCCAGGGCAACCCAACAUGGCCGAGCUACCAGUAACCGUGAUUUUCUCGGAUCUGCGUACGGUGUCGGGACUAAACAAUCCCAUGUACUCGACGGUCGGGCUGAACUGGACGGUGCACAUCCGGCAGCCCAGUAUGGCGCCAUCUGCCGGCAGUGCUGUGCAGCGAAGCUGUGGCACAGGUCCCGUGUAUUCACCCAUGACGAUGGGCAGGCUGCGCGUGCAGACGCACGCCAACACCGACAGCCGCACGCUGCUGUACACUGUCGAUCGGCUGCUGUCACCGCUGGACCGUCUGCGGCAGCGUGACCUGGUGCUGAGCGACGCGGUCACGUCGCAGCGCAUUGCCUGCGCCUGGAUUGAAGAGGUGCAGCCGUUCAGCGCCACCGCCGAGUUCCACCGUGGCAUUGGUCAGCUGCGCAUGGUGCAGAGCAGUGUGUUUGACAGCACACAAGUGCUGGUGAAUCUGUCCAAGCUAGCCAACACGGCCGCCGACUAUACUAUCAGGGAGACACCACUUUCUCGGUUCACGCCAGCACAGAUGGAACCAGACUGCACACCGGCACGGAGCAGCUACAUCUUUGCUCCAUUUCCUUUGCCAACGUUGUCGCGCCACAGGGAUGGGGGAACUCCCGAUAUGUUUCCGACGGGUGACUUGAGUGGCAAGUAUGGCUCGCUCCGUGGCCUCUUUGCCUUUCACGAAUCAUUCUGCGAUGGCAACCUGCCUCUGUUUGGACCACACAGUGUGAUCGGAAGGACUGUCCUGGUUACACAGCGAGGCGCGGCCAGAGUAUCGUAUACAUGUGCCAGAGUUACGCAGCAACUGACGCCCGGCAGUCGAACACUACUCGCCGCUGCCAGCAUUCAGGGCUCUUUCGACGGUCGUAUAGUACUGCAGCAGGUUAAGUACCCCGACGGUAGCCUUGGCGACACACUCUUUACCUUGACAACCGCCAUCCGGGCCGGGAUGUCGCGGGAGGCAGGGAAUUUCAUGUUCCCUGGCAUGAGACAUGGCGGUAUUGGUGGUAUGGCUAUGCGUCCUGGUGGUAUUGAUGGUACUGCGAUGAUGCCUGGUGGUAAUGGUGGUACUGCGAUGAUGCCUGGUGGACACUCAAUGAUGCAGGGACAGGUUCCGCUGUACAAGUUUCAUGUGCAUCGUAAUCGCAUUGGUGUGCCGUCGUCUCUGCGUUCUGUCUGCGAUUCAUCCUACACUGGCCCGCGCUACAACCCUCACAACGUUACCGUUGACCAGUCUUACUCGUCACGAUGCUCGGCCACACAGCCUCACCUGUGUGAGCUCGGUGACACCAGUGGCAAAGUGGGAUUCCUUCGGGCCACCAGUGAAACCAAGCUGAGAGUUGAUCCAGAACUGCCAUUGAUUGGACAGAAUUCAGUGGUCGGGCGAUCCUUUGUCAUCUACAUUGCUUUCCCGGAAUCGGGACCCAUUGCGUGUGGCAACAUCCUACCCAAGGAUGCGGUGGACACGCAGGUCACGUUUCUAAUGGAGGACGCAACUGGCGUCUCUCUGACCAAGUUCAAGUACCGUGUAGCCCUACGCCUGCACAUCUCGGUCAACGAGGUCCUGUUCCCAGAGGCGUACCGAUUCGGACGCUGCACUGCGGUGAGCUUUGCGCUGCACGGCAUCAAUGCACCGGGUCUUGUGGAGCUGGUUCGGCGCACCGAUCUCGGAGAGUUCACGCACAACCAGAAGUGCGAGGACUCCAUGAUGCGCAACAGCGAUGUCCUCUACACAAACCCGAAGGUGGUGGAGUGGCUGCCUUCCUGGCUCCCCUCGCCGCCAAGCAGCGGAGCAAGAGUCCGGCAGGAUCCUGGCACUCCGUACGCGGUAUCCUUGCUGGCAGUCAUGUUUCUACGUGUGUUGUCCUGCUGAGCUGCUAUGCAUACAGGUUUCCAUAACCUGCCCAGCAUGCACACUCUACCGGGUCACUUGGUUCAGGGGCGUAGCUCGCACAUCUGGGAUGUGGUCACCAUAAUGCCAGAGCACAUCAGAUGUGUAUCAGUGCACCGGGCUUCGUGGAGCUAGUUCCACGCAGAAUUAUUCUGCGGUGGUGUGGUGGUCACCAUGAACCACCGACAACCGUUCAUACUAGUAGUCGACAUUUUAAUGCUGUUGACUAUGUAGUACGUAUGACGACAGUUUGCUGGUGUGGUGACACGACUACGCUGACCACACACGAGCUACGCACCUGCCAUCAUGGAAUGAGUCAUCAGUGUGGCCCAGAGACAGUACGACCUAACCAGGCAGCCACGGGAGUUUAUUUUCACCUGUACUGACGAGAAUUUCCGCCACACCCGCCGUGAACAUGCCCUGGUGAACUGUUCAUGCACAGCACAGACAUGGUUGACAGUAAAAUAUUUGCACAGCACAGGCAUGGUUGACAGUAAACUAAUAACAUUAUUUUACUUAGUACCUUGAUGAUAACAAAGGAGGCUAUCGUACUUGGCUCACGAUAUACCGUGAGGUGCAAACAUGUGCAGCGACAGAGCUGCAUGUAUUUUUUUAAUUUUUUUUUACAAAGACCACGCUCCUUAUUUCUUGAGCACUUCGUUACGAAGAGGUUCAGUUAGUUGACUUUACGGCAUUCUUAUGCAUUGAGCGAAGAGAGUGAACUCA